UACAAAAUAUCUCGCAUACGUUAGAUAGGUUUAUCACUGAAUACGAUCGACAGUUGCCUAGCCUGCUUCUCGAUGGCGUUUAUCACUAUACAGUAGUAACAAUGAUUUAUCAUUUCUAUCAUUAAUCUGUGAUAAGGAAGAGAAACUUUCUUUGCAAAUGAGAUUGAUUAAAGAAUAUUACAUUAUUUUGUAAUAAUAAAUCCAUAUUGUGUAAGUUCAACUUGGAUCACGAGCUUAGAAGCAACAUUGUUCCCGCACAAGUGCCGAUAUUCAUAGAGACGAACAAUCAAAUCGUGAUACAUAAAAUAACAAGAGCUUUGAUUAAACAGAGAUAAUAAUAAAGUGACUCGAUCUUGAUGUUCUGCUGGACUGACAAUCAUGACGCGACUAAGAGGCAGAGCCUCUUUGAUGAUCAUUGUAAUGAUCAGUUUUACCCUGUUAAUUGUUAUUUAUCAUAUUCUCGGUAAUGAGGUCAAGGAUAUCGAGUCCAAUAAAUUAAAUCCCCGAUUUAAGAUCGAAGAAGUUUAUCCAUUGAGCGAUCUCACGGAGAAUCCUCUUAAUAUUGCCAGGAAGCAGCAAAUAGAGGCUCACAUAAUGGGAAAAUUGAAAAGCGGUGGGGGAAAGUUGUUCAGUGACUUGAAUUAUGAAAGAUCGCACGCAGAAAUGACACCCUUGUUUAAGGGUCAUAAAAUUGUUCAUUUAGAUCUUAAAGGUGGCCCUCCGAAGGCAAGUUAUUAUAAGUACCUGCUACAUUUGCUCAAAAAACUAGGUGCCACUGGUAUACUUAUAGAAUACGAGGAUAUGUUUCCCUUUGAAGGAAUAAUACAAAAUAUCAGUGCAGGUAAUUGCUAUACCAAGCGGGAUAUCGCUAACAUUCAAAAAAUAGCCAGCGAGAACGAGCUUAUGGUCAUACCGUUGAUUCAAACUUUUGGUCAUAUGGAAUUUGUCCUUAAGUUAGAUCAAUAUAAAGACUAUAGAGAGGUCUCUAAGUAUCCUCAAGUUUUAUGUCCCACUUACAACAAAACUUUGCCACUGAUUUAUGAAAUGAUAGACCAAAUAAUAGAGGCACAUCCUGACAUAAAGCACCUACACAUUGGUGCUGAUGAAGUGUAUCAAAUAGGAGAAUGCUCUAGAUGUUUAGACAUGAUGGUUAAAAGACAAUGGGGAAAGAAACAGUUAUUCCUGGAUCAUGUUUCAAAAGUGGCAAAGUAUAUAAAGACCAAGUAUCCAGGACUUACUGUUCUCAUGUGGGAUGAUGAAUUUAGAGAAAUAUCAUCAGAAGAAAUAAUUGACAGAGGCUUGCAUUUAAUGGUAGAGCCUGUUGUUUGGAAGUACACCACUGAUCCUGGAGCGUCGUUGACAGAUCAAUUAUGGGAAAGUUACGCAUCAAUUUGGAAGAAUAUUUGGGUUGCUACUGCCUUUAAAGGUGCCACUGCUCCAGACAGAUAUUACACUGAUAUUGGAUAUCAUAUGGAGAACCAUCAACGUUGGUUAGAAAUCAUUAAUAAAUAUUCUACACAAAUUACAUUUAAAGGUACAAUCUUAACAGGGUGGCAAAGAUACGAUCAUUUCAGCGUGCUUUGUGAACUUCUACCUUCUGCCAUACCCUCGCUUGCUGUAAAUCUAGCCAUUCUGCAAGCUCCAGAUUUAUGUAGAUUCCCAGUAGAAGUACCUACGUCAGUAUUACAAGCACUACAGUGCGAGGGCAUCAUUUCUUUAAGUAUUCCGGAACCUCAAUAUGGUUGGACCAAAUGUAGUUAUCACGGUGUAUCUAUUUAUGCUGCUACAUUGCGGCUGUAUUCUUUGACUCAAGAAGUCAAUAAAAUGGAACAAGAUAACACAUUUAAGGGAUGGUUGAAACCAUACAAUAUAAAAUACUCCUUUUCAAAUCCUAGUUAUGUAGAGAGAGCAGUUGCUGAACUAGAUAGACACAAAAUGGAAAUAAUGUAUAUUGAGAAAGAAAUAAGAACAGCUAUGGAAAGCAUAUAUGACAAUUACACUAUACAAGAGUGGAUAGAAACGUACAUUGCUCCUUUGAAUGAGAAGUUCACUCAACUAUGGGAGGCUAAAGAAAAGAUUCUAGAAAAGAAUGUAUGGCCAAAAAGACCAUUAACAAAACCUGUCUUAUAGUUUAACAAAUUCCGCAUAGUUUACACACCGCAUAAUAAUGAGACUGAAGAUCGCAUUAGGGUAAAAAAAAAAAAAAAAGAAGCAAUGUAUUAAUCGAGAUAUUUAGAAUCUUUGUUUUCUAAAGGGACGAGUAAUCGAUAGCGUAUAAAGUCUACCAAAAUUAUAAUUUUGCACCUUCUACGCCUAACAUGUAGAAUCUUACAGUUAGUUCAAAUGCGUGAUCAAAUUCUAUCGACUGCACCGUCCGUGAAUUAAUAUCGUUCAUUCGAUUACGAUCAAUGAGUUUUUCUUCGUCUAACGAACAUUCGAAUGAAAGUCUUUGAUAACUCGUACACUCGAAAAGUGAACAAUAGUUUUUCAAUUGGCACUUCUGCAAUACGAAUUUAAAUUUUGAACUUGUAUAUAUAAAUAUAUAUAUUAAUAUCGUUCGAAUAAUUAAAAAUGUAUCCUAUUUUGUGAACUCCUGUGCCGUUGAUUCCUAAUGAAACAAACUCGACUAUUUAUUAACAUGUUUUACUGUUUAAUGCUUUCAAUGUACAUUUUACAUGUAUAUUACUCGAAGCCGAUUGUUCUAAGAGUACGCACAUUUUGCGGUCUUACUCAUUCCUAUUUGUUAAAGGACGUGUUCUUCCGUUGUAUGCGUUCCGUUUUGUAUAUUUGUGUUUCCCGUUUUGUACGUGUUUCUCGUUUUGCAUGAUUAGUGCCAUUAAUAAUGAAUUAGAUAUAGAGAAAAACCUGUGAAUCAACAGUUUAUAAAAAUAGAGAUACAUCUGCGACUUCCUUAAUGGACGAAACAAUUUUUCUUCCUCGAUUCUUAAAACGCGAAUAAAAGCUUAUUCGCUCGCUAUCGUGUUUUACUUAAUCUUACGAUAUUCAAAAGCGAUUACGGAGCUUUCUUUAACACGUGAUUUCUUAACGACUAUUCUCAAUAUUGAACAAUCUUUUCACCAACAUUUAUAUAUAACAAAAUCACCGAGAGGACGAUUUGAAUACAAGUUCAUGGCAUGUACUCAAUCAACAGUGUAUGUACAUUACUGUAACGAAUAAUAUUACUAUUAUUGUAAAGGUAUUUUUAACAUUGUUACACAUCGACCCAUAUUAAUAUUAUUACCGCAAGUAGUAAGAUUUUAUCGAUAAAUAAAUCUGUUUUUAAAUCUA